AUGAAUUGGAAAAAUAUCGUGCAAAUGGAUGAUGAUGAAUUAGAACAGUUGGGCAUUAAACCGAGUGCUACGCGUCAAGUGCUACUCAGAAAUUUUCGAAGGAUCAAGAAAGUCAUGAAAAUCAAAAACAUGGAUCUCCCACGGAAACAAAUAACUCUGAAUAAAAAAAUCUACGUUAGAAAUGAUGAAAUGACCGCGGAAGAAAAACAAUUUUACCUUAAUACAUACCGUGAUGUUGAUUGGAACUUGUUAGAAGAUUUUCCCUCUUGGUUGAAAGGGUUAGGAUUCUUGGAUUUUGCAUCAUGUUUCGCAGGAAUGCACUGGAGAGACAUCGUAGAAAUGAAUUAUGAUAAAUUAGAAGAGAUCGGAGUUAACUCAAACUUUGUUCGACUGUCAUUGGUAAAACAUUUUUGGACCAUUAAAAAAGCUUUGGUUCAUAAAGAAAAUUAUGUAUUGCCAUUCCCAAAACAACUUUUGAAAGUCCAAGGAAUUUCUGAAGAAACGAUAAAAGAUCCCAUAGAACGUUUGAAAAUUAUCGAUUCAUUUUAUAAUGUUGAUUUAAAAAUGGUAGAAGAAAAAAAUAUUCCAGCGUUGCUAGAUUCCGUAGGUUUAUCAAGAUUCGCUUCAAGCUUUAAUCAGAUCGGAUGGGACGAUGCAUUAAAUAUGGAUUACAAAGCUUUAGAGAAAAUUGGAAUUGAUUCACAUCUAGCUCGACAAGUAAUAUUUAAGAAAUUUCAAAAUGUCAAAUUGGCUAUGGAUCAAACGAGAAUACCGAGAAAUUUCUAA